AGUGACAGAUUUUUGCUAAUGAAAGGUAUCUGUUGUAUUAGCACUACAAGGUUUUUUUGUAAUAUAAUAUUUAACUGAAGUGAUAACAAAUAUUAAUUUUUAAAUUAAAAUGUCUGGUGAAAUAAUUAACAAUAUAAAUCAUCUUAAUUUAAAUAACGACAAUGACGAGAAUGAAGAUGUAGUAGAUCCUUGGAAUGUAGUGAGUAAAUCGGAGACUGGUGUAGAUUAUAAUAAAUUAAUACAGAAAUUUGGCAGUUCCAAAAUUGAUCAGGAACUCAUUGACAGGUUUGAGAAGGUAACUGGUAAAAAAGUGCAUCACUUACUACGAAGGGGUGUAUUUUUCUCACAUCGAGAUAUGCACACCAUUUUAACUAACUAUGAAUCGGGCAAACCAUUUUAUCUUUACACUGGGCGAGGUCCAUCUUCAUCAUCAAUGCAUUUAGGCCAUCUUAUUCCAUUUACAUUGUGUAAAUGGCUUCAGGAUGUUUUUGAUGUGCCUUUGGUCAUUCAGUUGACAGAUGACGAGAAAACAUUAUGGAAGGAUAUUAAGUUGGAAGAAGCACAUAAGAUGGCUUAUGAAAAUGCAAAAGACAUUAUCGCAGUUGGUUUUAAUGUAGAGAAAACAUUUAUUUUCUCCGAUUUGGAUUAUAUAGGACAGUGUCCAGAAUUCUAUAGGAAUAUGAUCAGAAUCCAAAAAUGUGUAACAUUCAAUCAAGUGAAGGGGAUCUUCGGCUUUGAUGACAGUACCGUCAUUGGUAAAAUUGGAUUUCCAGCUGUGCAAGCAACUCCAUGUUUAUCUACCUCAUUCCCUGAUAUCUUUGGCAAUAAAAAGAUACAGUGUCUUAUACCAUGUGCAAUAGACCAAGAUCCAUACUUUCGUAUGACCCGAGAUGUGAGUCCACGGUUAGGUUUCAAGAAGCCUGCAUUAUUACAUUCGAAAUUCUUCCCGGCCUUACAGGGAGCUCAGACUAAAAUGUCGGCCUCUGACGCUAAUACCACAAUUUUCUGUAACGACACACCCAAACAAGUAAAAAAUAAAAUAAACAAACACGCCUUUUCCGGCGGCCAAGCGACGGUGGAGGAUCAUAGAAAGUUGGGCGGUAACUGUGAUAUUGAUAUAUCGUAUCAGUAUUUGAAAUUUUUCCUCGAAGAUGAUGAGAAACUGGAGCAAAUAAGGAGGGACUAUACCAGUGGUGCCUUGUUAACGGGCGAGUUAAAGAAAAUCCUUAUUGACAUUCUCACACCUCUGUUAAUUGAACAACAACGGAGAAGAGCUAAAAUUACGGAUGAGGUUUUGAAGCAGUAUAUGACACCUCGGAAACUAAAUUUUAAUAUUUAAUGAUUACCAGCAUUUUUAACUAUUAUAAAAUAUUUAUUUAUUUAUUUCAAAGCACAUUUUUAAAUAAGCUUAUGAUUAAUGUUAAAUAUGUACUUUAUACAUAGUUUUGAAAUU